AUGGAGUCUAUUGCCUGUAGGGAAGGUAUGUCCCUCGCUCUGGAUAUUCAAGUGGCAAACUUCAGAUUUGCGAGUGACAACCAAAACGUCGUGAAGAAUAUUCUUCAAGGCAGUCGGGGAGUCUACGGGCAAAUUGUUCAAGAAAUUAACACGAGAAGAUCAGCCUUCGCUAGCGUUGAGUUCGUGCAUGAGAAGGGGAACUCCAAUGUUGAUGCUCAUACUAUCGCUCGUAGUGCUAUCUAUGAUGACUUAGGUCGGCAUGUAUGGCUGUUGAGUCCACUUAUGGUGUUUGUAACUCCUACACGUCUUCUGAUUAAUAAAGAUGUGUAG